AUGCUGCCCAAUAGAGGACCCCGAACCCGCCGCUCGUACGCUACUGCUGUCGCCGAAGGUCCACUUCGUACCGAAACGAAAGUCAAACCGGAAAAGAUGGUCGCUAUUGAUGAACCAAAAAGACGAGGACAGCGCCGAGGUCCUGCUGCUGCUGAAGCCACCACUCUCGGGACUAAACCCUCCACAGUAACAAUCCAACCUACUACCAACACUCUUUCUGUCAAAGCUACAGCUCAGAGAGCCCCUGUCCCUGCGAUCGCCAUCAGAACGCGAACAAAGGCCACCAAUACCACCACCCCCUCCGCCAAUACGCCCACCACUACCAAGACCCCCAAUGCCCCAAAGGCCAGUUCCACAAUAACCAAGGGUCAAAAGAAGGUCCUUCGUAACAAUCCUGGUGCCACUGGCUCUGCUUCCCCUCUUCCUCGAACCUCAAAGGCGGCGAAUAAGAAAAGGCCAAAAGCGACGAGCAAGAAGUCAGUGGACUCUGCAGACACAGAUGAUUCGGACCCUGACACUGUCAAGAAGCCGGCCAAGAAGAAAGUAUAG